UAUAAGAAAGUUGCAUUGCAGUCUUGGUAUAGCUAAGUAAAAAGUUAAUUUCGUAAAACCUUAGAAAGAAAAAAAAAUAAUUGGAAAAAAAAUUAUCCUGCAAAAUGUCUUUAUUCGGUUCAUUGCUUGGUGAUUGUGAUGAUGAUUUAUUUUUCGGUCAACAUAUGCGACAAAUGAACAGUUUGAUGGGUUCAUUAAUGCCAGAUCCUUUUAAUAUGCUGACGCCUUUUGAUAAUUUUGGAUCUAACACAAUGAGGGCUCCUAUGGGUGGGUUAUUUGGAUUUCCAGGAAUACCAAAUUUGAAUAGAUUACUUAGUGGAGACAUUCCUGAGAAUAAUGGCGCGUCAUAUUGUUCUAGUAGUGUCAUUCAAAUGACUUCCGGGCCAGAUGGGCGUCCCCAAGUUUAUCAAGCAACAAGUACAUCAAAAACUGGGCCAGGAGGAGUUCGGGAAACAAGAAAAACAGUACAAGACUCGCGCACGGGAUUGAAAAAAAUGGCUAUUGGACAUCAUAUAGGUGAAAGAGCCCAUAUAAUUGAAAGGGAGCAAAAUGUCAGAUCCGGUGAACAAGAAGAACGACAAGAAUUCAUUAACUUAGAUGAAGAAGAGGCUGAAACUUUUGAUAGAGAAUUUACUAACAAGGCCCGUGGAAAUAGAUCUAUUGAAAUAACUGCAGGACCUGAUGUGCAUAGACAUUAUGGUCCAUCAAAUCAUCAAAGACAAUUACUUGCGUUGCCAGCUCCUCCAACAUCAUCUCAAAGCUCCGCUGCAAAAAAUACAAGUACUUCUUCGGAUACUAGUGAUACUUCUAUCAAUGCUACCAAUUCUACGACUACUGCAAUCAAUAGUAAGAUAACUUCGGAUAACAAGUCUACGACAUCGUCAUUUUCAUCUCCUUUGUCAAGUUCUGCGCAAAGACGUCAAUUAUUAUCCUCGAGAAAUGUAUCAAAGGUCAGUUCUCGUAGACCAUUGCGUACCCCAAGCUCAUCGCCAUUAGCUUCGAAUACGCCAUCUUCAGCAAGUGUACAUCCACAUCCAUAUAAUACUUCAGCAGCAAGAAGAAAUUAUCGAAUAAAAAAUCAUAACAAAAACUCCAAUCAUAACAGUGGUGGCGCUAGUGACAACCAAAAUCUUAAUUAAGUUAAUCGUAUUAUUUUGAGUAUUUUUGUUUGUUUACACAUUAUUAUAAAUUCAAUAUUUUUCUAUUCCCAUAAAAGACAAAAGAAAAAUGGAAUAUGUUUUUAUAUGUAGUCGUCGAUCAGAAAAUAGUCUGGCACUGAUGUAAUGCAUAUUGUAUAAUGUUCUUAAUUGUGUUUAUCUAAGCAUAUUUUACAACAGUAUCUGAAAUAUGCGUCACAUCAACGUCUGAUUACUUUUGGAUUAAAAUAAUAUUUGAUGAAAUUACAGAUAAAUUGUCGCUUCUGAUCACUGAUUUUCUAAGUAUUCUGAUUAUAUUGUACUUUCAGAUAUUGAAAAAUAAGAUUUUUGAUUAACCAUUCAGUGCUUUAUGAAACAGUUAAGGAAAUCAUUAGUACUACAAUUACAUUUUUUCUUAAUUUUCAUUGCGAGAAUAUUUUAUUGAAAUUUCUAGUGCUUUAUGAAAUGAAUAUAAUUUAAAAAAUUUUAUGUUUUACUUAAUUUUUUUUUUUCUAAAUAUUGAAUUCUUAAUUAGAAAUAUUAUUAUGUGUAGUUUGAACAUUUUAUUUUUUAUAUUAUAAUUAAGCACUUUAUUUAUAAGAACAGGACGAAGUUAAUUAUCCGGAAAUUUCAGAUGAUAUUCAGAAAUAAGAAUUUCGGAAAAUAUAAAAAUGUGAAUUCAAAAUUUUUAAUAUAAUUUUUAUAUUAUUAUAACUAUUAAAUUCAUAUUCUUAUAACUUUAGAAAUUAAGAUGAAAAUAUUGUUUUACUUGAAGGAUUAAAUAACAUUUUAAAAAUGAUAUUAAAUGUGCGUAAAUUUGAAAAUAGAAAUUUAUAGUAAUGUUUUUUCUUCUGUACCUUAGGAUUGCGAUUACAAAUUAAAUAGAGACUAAAUUAAUUAUAGAUAUUAAUAACAAAUUAUUUGAAAUUUUUUUCUUUUAGUUUAUUUUUAGAAACCAUUUUGAGUUUAGUUAAUUUCAUUUGUUUUUCUCGUUCUCGCAUAUAUUUUUGGAUUUCUAAGUAACAUUUUAAAUUAUUCUAGUAAAAUUUGUUGAUAAUUUUCAUAUACAUAUGCCAAAUUUUCGAAAUAUGAAUAUAAAAAAUUUUUCAAUACAAUUAUUAUAAAAAUUAAACAGAAUAUCCAAUUCAAACUAUUAAACAUUUAUCUGCAAAAAUUAAUUAUGUAAUUAUGUAAUAUAAUAAAAAUUUGAACUUAAAAUCGAAGAAAGUGAACAUUAAACUGUACAAACAUUUAAUGUAGAUAUUUGAAUAAAUGGAGAUAGAACUAAAA